AAAUUUAGCAUCAAGUGCAUUCAGAAUAAGGGUGAUACGUAUUAUAAUAAUAUUAGAGCCAUGGAAGUGACCUUGAAGAAGAACAACCCAUCUGGGACAUCAAUUCUGGUGCCAAGUGUUCAAGAAUUGGCCAAACAAAAAUUGUCUAGUGUUCCACCCAGAUACGUUCAGCCACAACAAGAUCAUGAUCUGGUAAUCUCUGAAGCUGAUCAUGCACUUGAGAUUCCAGUUAUUGAUUUGCAGAGAUUGCUUUCUACUGAGUAUGGAGAUUCUGAAUUAGCCAAACUUCACCAUGCUUCUAAACAUUGGGGAUUCUUUCAGCUUGUAAACCAUGGAGUUAGCACUUGUCUGAUUGAGAAGGUAAAGUUGGAGAUGCAAGAUUUCUUCAACCUUCCAAUGUCAGAAAAGAAAAAAUAUUGGCAAAGUCCAGAACAUAUGGAGGGGUUUGGACAAGCAUUUGUUCAGAGUGAAGACCAGAAACUUGAUUGGGCUGAUAUAUUCUAUAUGCUCACACUACCAAACCACAUGAGAGUUCCCCACUUAUUUCCACAACUUCCUCUCCCCUUCAGAGAAACUAUGGAACUUUACUCACAAGAAUUGAAAAACUUAGCCAUAGUUAUUAUUACUCAAAUGGCUAAGGCUUUGAAGAUAGAAGAAGAGGAAAUAAGAGAAUUAUUUGAAGAUGGAAUUCAAAUGAUGAGGAUGAACUAUUAUCCUCCAUGUCCUGAACCGGAAAAGGUUAUUGGUCUCACACCACAUUCGGAUUCAGUUGGUUUAACUAUACUCCUACAAGCCAAUGAAGUUGAAGGAUUGCAGAUAAGAAAGGAUAAUGGCAUUUGGGCUCCUGUUAAACCAUUAUCUAAUGCCUUUGUCAUCAACAUUGGGGACAUAUUAGAGGCGCUUGUUCUUGACAAAAGCACGGACAAAAGAGCCAAAUAGGACAACUAGAAGUGACAGAAAUAGAAGGAGAUGCAGGAGGCAAUUGAAGCAGCCGCAGGCAGAGAAAUCAAAGGCAAAAGUGAAUCUGAAAUGGUGGUUCAAAAAAGAGGUUAGAAAAAAAAGAAGUUCGAUUUUUUAUUAAAAAAAAAGAAUGGAAUAGGGAGAAGGAUGAGGACAACCUACUUGGAUGACGGAUGAGAGAUACAACUCUGGCGACAGAGGGAGCGGCAGCGGCAACUCUUCUAACGGUGACAGAGACAGUGAGAGCAACUUCGUUUGAGACAAUGAAACACGAUACAGGCAACUUGACGUUGACUUUGGAGGAGAAUGGAGGUGGACAGCACUGGCGGAGGGUGGCCGAAGGGACUAGCGGAGGUAGUUGCAGGGGAUCGGAGAGAGAAGAGAGAAGAGGAUGGGGGAAAGAGAAGGGUGUGCUCGAAAGUGAGGGGAGAGAGACACACAUUUUAAAUUUAGAUCAGAUUUAUCGUCGGAUUUACCGGCCGAUAAAUCCGAUGG